AUCUUUUCCAGUGAUGACGGCAUGGAUGUCUUAUCGUAUGUUGGGGUAGGGUGAAUUUGGAAAUGGUGGGACAUCAUAUAAACUGGGACAGUUUAAUCCUGCCGUGUUAAUUUCUUGGUCUGACAAGAGAAAAUCUAAACUAUUGUUACUAAACCACAUGAUCAAAAUUCCAUCACUUCAUUGGUGUGACAUCACAGAGGGGGCACAGCAAGCUUCAAACAGGAAGCUCAAGGCAUGCAAUCUCCCCACAUGAAGAGGAACAAAGGGACAAAUAGUCCAGUGGACUGUCUGCGCCUUGGCACCAGCCAUGAUGUCCGGGCAGUGAGGGCUGUGUAUUUACUGAUGAGAAGGGCUGCUGCUUCCUCUGCCAUGGCUUACCUGGGUGCAUUCUCUGCUAACUCUGACGCAAGGCCUCCUGACCUGCCGCCCAACCACAGACUUCUCUGACCUGGGCUCAGCAGGGGUGUACCACUCCUGCAACCAAACUGUUGACUCUCCUCACUUCCACAACUUUGGCUUUAAAGGGGGCUGACUCUGACUUUUAUGUCUUUGACUGUGGGGGACAUUCAUUCUAGUGGAGAAAUGAUGACAUCUACUGCCAAGACUUUCAAUCCUCCUGUCCAUCCUUAAUAGAGCUCCACAGUGGAGGUGUCAAUACCCAUAAAACAUAGAGGUCAAACAGGGAAAUGGUUCCAAUCGCUUUUACACCAUUUUUCCCAUAGGGAAUUUUAGAAACACUUAAAAUAAGGGCUGUGUUUUGUGUAGGCUCACCAUGGUAUGACGUUUUGACAACCAUGUAAAUCUCUCUCAGACAAGGUGACUUCUAAAAUCCCCUAUGGGAGAAAUGAUUGGAACCAUUUCCUUGUUUGACCGCUAGGUUUUAUGGGUAUUAUGACUCAUACUGUGGUACUCUAUGAAAAUACAAGGGCAAUUGUCUCUUAUUGUUGACCCAUUUGUGAGUGAUAUGUGCUGAUUUAAAAAAAAACAUUGAAGCUAUAUUUUCUUAUUUUUUUUAUCCUUGUCUGUUUUCAACCUGUCUGAUGCCAUUAUCUGGCUGUGGAUAGAACAUGGCUUUCUUGAUACUGUUUUUAAUGAUGUAAUGUAAGCAUACCUUCUCUUUUCAACUGUUUGUUUUUAGUUUAAUUAUAUGUUGCUUAAUUAAAUACCAGGGUCCAAUGGGAAAGUGUUUCAUUGUCUCUUACCCCCAUAGCGAGCAAUAUGCAGCCUUGUGUACCCUAGUUAGUACACAAUAAUGCAUCAUCACAAACAAUUGAUUGAAAUAAAUGUACACAGCCGGCUAUACUGUUGCGCAUCUUUGUCUAUAGAAAACAGUCUUCCAUUGCAAUAAGGCAGUUCACAAUUUCCCUAGUUUUCUACAAGGUCAUCCAGACAAGGAGUACAACCAUAAGAGCAUUAGGUAAACACCAACACCAAAAAAAAAGUUUAUAAAGACAAAUUCCCUCUCUUUACAUAAAUAUUUGAUUCCCUUGUGGAAGGAAGGGAACAGAGCGGUCAAAACCUUUUGCCGAUUUCUCUCAACUUCAGCUUCCGUAGUUUCUUGUUUGGUUGCCAAGGAAAUGAGGAUCAUGGUGGCUUCAGCAUUUUCAUCUGAUUGAAUCCAAGCGGUAGCUGUGUUUUUGACAUUAUUGUUUUUGUUUUACUGACUAUGUUUUGUAUAAAGUGAUGUAUUAAAACGUUAAUCAAAUGUUCUAGUUUGCUAACUAACUAACAACCAUAUUUCAGGCCAGCUAUGUUGACAAAUGUAUCAUUUGAACCUACGACUACGAGGCUAGCUAGCUAACGUUAGCCAGAUAGCUAACUAGCUAGCUAAUCCCAGCUAGCCGCUGACACUGUAAACAGAUGUUCAAUUCAGCGUUAUUACGUGCUCUACCUGCAGGCAGAGGAGCUGCACAUAUACCGGCAAUGGCAGAGCUGCACAUUGUCGGUCAGAUCGUAGGGGCAAGCGGCUUCCCUCAGAGCAGUCUCUUCUGCAAGUGGGGAAUUCAUACAGGGGGUGCAUGGCGACUUCUCUCGGGCUUGAAGGAGGGGCAGACCCAAGUGGAUUUGACUCAGACAGGGGACAUGGCAUACUGGAGUCAUCCCAUUGAUCUGCACUACACCACUAAAGGACUGCAAGGCUGGCCCAAGCUUCACCUGCAGGUUUGGCACCAGGAUGCAUUUGGGCGCUGUCAGCUGUAUGGGUAUGGAUAUUGCCAUGUGCCCUCCAGCCCAGGGCACCACCAUGUACGCUGUGUGACCUGGAGACCACUGGGAUCCUGGCAAGAGCAGAUAGCUCAAACCUUUGUGGGUGGAGGUGCCCUGCUGCGCUCCCCAGACAUCAUAUACAGUGGGGCGGACAGAUAUAGGCUGCACACAGUGGCUAUGGGCACUGUAGAGCUGGAGCUAGACAUCAUCAUGCGACACUUUGACAGAUAUGGUGUAGAGAGCUGAAAUGUUGAGAGAUUGGACAGAGCAAAGGGUGAAUGGAGAGAGGCCUGAAUGGAGCACUGUAUUGUUAGUGGGUGUGGAUUUUGACCAUAUCUGCAAAGGGUACAUAAGACUGAGCAGGUCAGAUUAGAUAUUUUGCCUUGUGAGAUGUGUUGAUGUUGCAUACAUUCACUAUAGAUACAAAAGUAUGUGGACACCAAUUCAAAUGAGUGGAUUCGGCUAUUUCAGCCACACCCAUUGCUGUCAGGUGUAUAAAAUCAAGCACACUGCUAUGCAAUCUCCAUAGGAAAAUAUUGGCAGUAGAAUGGCCUUACUGAAGAGUUCAGUCACUUUCAACAUGCCACGGUCUUAGGAUGCCAUAUUUCCAACAGGUCAGUUUAUCAAAUUUCGGCCCUGCUAGAGCUGACCCGGUCAACUGUAAGUGGUGUUAUUGUGAAGUGGAAACGUCUAGGAGCAAUAAAUGCUCAGCCGUGAAGUGGUAGGCACACAAGCUCACAGAACGGGGCCGCCGAGUGCUAAAGCGUGUACCGUGUAAAAAUCAUCUGUCCUCGGUUGCAACACGCAAUACCAAGUUCCAAAAACUCUUUGUCAGGAGCUUCAUGAAAUGGGUUUCCAUGGCCAAGCAGCCGCACACAAGCCUAAGAUCACCAUGUGCAAUGCCAAGCAUUGGCUGGAGUGGUGUAAAGCUCGCCGCAGUUGGACUCUGGAGCAGUGGAAACAUGUUCUCUGGAGUGAUGGAUCACGCUUCACAUUCUGGCAGUCCAACGAACAAAUCUGGGUUUGUCGGAUGCUAGAAGAAUGCUUCCUGCCCUAAUGCAUCUAAAGUUUGGUGGAGGAGGAAUAAUGGUCUGGGGCUGUUUUUCAUGGGCUAGGCCCCUUUUUUCCAGUGAAAGGAAAACUUAAAGCUACAGCAUACAAUGACAUUCUAGAUGAUUCUGUGCUUCCAACAUAAUCUACUUGUGGUAGGCCAUGUCCUGUUUCAGCAUGACAAUGCCCCAUGCACAAAGCAAGGUCCAUACAGAAAUGGUUUGCUGAGAUCGGUGUGGAAGAACUUGACUGGCCUGCACAGAGCCCUGACCUCAGCCCCAUUGAACACUUUUGGAAUGAACUGGAGCACCGACAGAAAUGGUUUGCUGAGAUCGGUGUGGAAGAACUUGACUGGCCUGCACAGAGCCCUGACCUCAGCCCCAUUGAACACUUUUGUUCAAUGCCUGACCUUACUAAAGCUCUUGUGGCUGAAUGGAAGCAAGUCCCUGCAGCAAUGUUCCAACAUGUAGUGGAAAGCCUUCCCAGAAGAGUGGAGGCUGAUAUGGCAGCAAAGGGGGGACCAACUCCAUAUUAAUGGCCAUGAUUUUGGAAUGAGAUGUUCGAGCAGGUGUCAACAUAAUUUUGGUCAUGUAUGUGUAUAAUGAGAAGACCCCAACAUGCAAAUGUGUGUCUUUCCCCUAUUUCUCCACAAAGGGGGGGUGUGAGCCUUUCAACACAAUCUGCCUUCCUGAUUUAACAUUUUUGAUAUUAUUUUAAACAUUUUAUAUAACAGGUAUUUAAAAAUGCAAACCAGAUUUUAUACUGUACUUAAUUUCAGUUUUCUAUUUUCCUAUGAACUUUUUUUUUAUAUAGUAAAAUUAUGUAAAUAAAUCAUUACCUGCAUGCCUGUGAUCUAUAA